GAGGCACCCCGUCUCUUCCCCCGUGGUUCAUAUCCUCAACCUGUUCACGCCAUGUCUGGUCUCAGUCGAACCUUUUCGUCCCGCUUCUCCGUAAAGAGUCAAGCGAAUGGUGCUGCAACCUCGCCCACUGCUGAGGCUGCUUAUCAUCCGUCCGUCGACUCGGCGGCAAACAAGGCUCUUGCCGCCGUCAAGGACCUCAUGAAACGUGCAGCGGAGGAUAUCAACGAAUCCACCCUCUCCGCGGUGCUCGAUGCAGUCAACCAUUCCGGCGCUAUCGACGACCGCAAACAGCUGUUGGAGCACAUCUUAACCUUUAUGGCUAACCAUCCUUCCGGCAAGAUUCAGGACAUGCUUCAGACAUUCGUUGUCAAAACGCUGUACUAUGACCUUGCACAUCCUCCGUCUACGUUUAUUGGGGAAUACGCAUUCCGUACUGCGGACGGUUCAAACAACAAUCCUGACCAGCCUGACAUGGGUAAAGCUGGCACACCUUACGCACGCUCUGUGCAGCAGGCCAACCCACUUCCUCGUAACCAAAUGCCGGAUGCCGGACUAGUCUUCGAUACCCUUCUUCGGAGAGAUGAAUUUAGAAAGCACCCGGCGGGAUUGUCUUCGCUCAUGUUCGCUUUCGCUGCCCUUGUCAUCCACAGUGUGUUCCGUACAGACCACAAGAAGCCCGAGAUUAACUUGACCUCUGGCUAUGUUGAUCUUGCUCCACUUUAUGGGAACGACCAGACCACACAAAAUAAGGUCCGGGAUAAAAAAGGACGUGGGCUGCUUCACCCUGACGCCUUCGCCGAAGACCGGCUCCUGCUCCUUCCUCCUGCCGUGUGUGUGUUGCUUGUGUUGUUCAACAGGAAUCACAACUACAUCGCUCGGCGUCUGUUGGAAAUCAAUGAGCGCGGUACAUGGAGUGAUCCAUCAAAGGAGUCGCCUCACUCGCACAAAAUGCUUAAGCAAGACGAGGAGAUCUUCCAAAUCGCACGCCUCUGCAACUGUGCAUGGUUUGCAGCAGUGGUGUUCUCCGACUACUUUUCUGCUAUUCUCGGCCUAAACCGCCAAGGGUCUAGCUGGAGUUUGGAACCAUUUGGCGAGUUCCGGGAGGAAGACCAUCAACUAUUCGAGCGCGGUCGUGGCAACGCGUGCAGUGUAGAGUUCAAUUGCUUGUACAGGUGGCAUGCAACAACUUCUCUGGAGGAUGAGGAGUGGAUCAAGCUUCAGUUUGAGAAUCUCUUCCCAGGCAUGAAUCCUGAACAGAUCACCUUGGCCGACUUCUACAGGACGGCGGCUAGAGUGGAGGCGUCUGAACCCACUGUUGAACAAUGGACAUUCGGCAACCUUUCGCGCCAAGAAGACGGUUCAUUCAAUGACUCCGAGCUUGCCAACAUUCUCAUGAAUGCUACGUCCCAUCACGCGGCCUCAUUCGGUGCUCGUGGAACGCCUCCUUGUAUGCGUGUCAAUGAAAUUAUGGGUAUCGAGUCCAACCGUCUUUGGGGUACAUGUUCCCUGAAUGACUUCCGCAAGGUAUGGACUAUUACAUACUCUAGCUUCCGGGAGUGGAACCCCGAUCCCAAAGUUGCUGACGCUGCCGAGAAACUUUACGGCAAUAUCGACAAUUUGGAGCUGUACGUUGGCCUCCAGGCUGAAGAAAUCAAGCCCGUCGCUCCUGGUGCAGGUCUUUGCCCUGGCUACACGAUUGCCCGUGCCAUUUUGUCGGAUGCUAUUGCUCUCACCCGUGGUGACAGAUUCUUCAAUCAGGACUUCACACCUUAUAACCUUACUGCAUGGGGAUUCGCUGAUUGUCAACGUGAUGCCAAUGGGUCGGGCUUUGGUUCGACUCUAGGCCGCCUCUUCCUGCGCACGUUGCCUGGCCAGUACAAUGAAACGAGUAUUUACACAUGGUUCCCUCUCAUACAGCCUGAAGAGAUGGAGAAAUUCUUGAAAGAUCUCGGCAAACUCGACCAAUAUACUACUGAAAGACCUAAACCAACCAGUGACUCAACGACCGUCACCAAUUACGUUGAGGUUGGAGAGAUCCUCCGGGACGAAUCAGCUUUCGCUCCUGACUAUUGCAAACCCUUCUUCGCUGCGAUUGGAGAGGGCGAGAUCCGAACACAAUUCUUGGGUGCACUCACACCUUCGGCUGAGGCGGUUCAAAAGAUUGGCGAUUACUUCUACAAGAAGACGAGGGAGCUCGUCGAGCAGAACUCAGUUCCGUUAAUUGGUACCAACACACGCUCGGUCAAUAUCGUCAGCGAAGUGUUGAAGUAUGUCUCUGUACACUGGACUGCUGUCGAGAUCGGCGGAAUUCCUCUCAAGACAAGGCAACAGCCACACGGUGUAUACACACCUAAGGAGUUGUAUGACAUCCUUGGCGAGAUCUACCAAUUUGUCUUCCUGGAACUCGAACCAGCUAAAUACAUGGUUACGAGAGAGAGGGUCAAGGAACAUGUUGAACAAUUGAGCCACUGCAUCAAAUCCUCCUUUGGUGGCGCAGGCAGCAGGUUGUCCAUUGCUGGUAUCUUCGGCCUGUUCGAGCUUGGCCAUUCGACUGAUGAAGUGGUCAAUGAAAUCCUCGCGCUGAUGGUCGGUACGACGGUGGAGCUGUCGCUUGCUUUAACCAACGUUGUCAAUCUGCUUCUCGUGUCUGAGGAAAACGCAACGUUCCGCACUCAAGCCAGAAGCGUCGAUACCAAGGAUGUCGGUGCCCUGGAAGCAUACGUCAUUGAAGCGCUCAGAAUCGAUCCUCCCUUUGCUGGCGUUUACCGAACUGCGAAGAAAGAUCAAACCGUGGGCUCGCUUAAUGUGAAGGAAGGCGAGCGCCUGUUCUUGGACAUCACAGGAGCAAAUUUGAAUGAGGAAGCAUUCCCUAACCCCACGACGUUUGACGCAACCCGAGCUCCUCGCGAGCGCUACCUGCGUGGUGACAUUGCCUUCCGGGUCAUUGGUGCCGAAACUGCGCCGAAACUAAUCGUCCAGGUUCUGCGUGCCAUCCUUUCAUUCGAUAACGUGCGCCGUGGACCGGGUCAAUCUGGAGACCUUGUCCGCUUCCAGAAUGCUUCCCUUCCCCAAUACCGUUACGUGUACUUGAACGAGAAGCAGCUCUGCAGCCCGUGGCCGGCUUCGUUGGUGAUUUUGUACGAUGUUCCUGCGUAAGUUGAGUGAAUGGCUGUGAGCGGAAUUAGGCGAGGAUUGGAGAGCUUGAUUUAUGAACGAUUUAUGACAAUGCUGUUUGGAAAAUGUAUGUUUCGUCCGUAGUUGUGUUGCUAUGACAUACAUUCUUGACGUCCACACUAUCGUAUUGUGUGAGG